GCGGAAGUAAACAACGCAAGCAAACGGCGUGAGCUGCAUAUAUGUCUUGAAUUAGCCGGAAGAUAACGUUGUUAUGGUAGCGCAAUUAAUCGUUUAACGUGAAAUUAAGCAACAAUGUCUUCAGUUCAGUAUUUGAGAGAGUUCAUCAACGAGCGACUAACUGCUGCUGCUGAAGAAAUAUUCCGAGUUUUUCAAAAAACUGUCGUCCAGUACGAGGAAGAGAUUGAUCGUCAACGCAGACUGCUGGAUAUCGUUUGGAAACCUACAGUUGUGUUACACGGGAUAGAGCUCCCACAGCAGCAUAUCUGUAAGGAGGAGGAGGUUCUCGCUGACCAGAAGCUCUCUAACCAGGGAAGGAACUCCAGUUUGGACCAAGAGGACUCAGAGCCUCCACAGAUUAAAGAAGAACAGGAGGAACUCUACACCAGUCUGGAGGGAGAGCAGCUGGUGCUGAAGCAGCAGACUGAAACCUUCAUGUUGACUCCUACUUGUGAGGAAGGUGACAACAGUCAAGACCAGACUCUGGACUUGAGUCCUGAUGAAACUCAGAGUGCAGCAGAAAAAGAGCAUGUUGUCAGCAUGUCAAUUAAUAGCUCAGUGGUACCAGAACCAAACAGUGACGACCAGCUCCUCUCUCACAACUCUAAAGUAACUGAGAGCCAAGAUCACAAAGAAGGCAAACAAGGAGACUCAGGAUCAACUAGAAAUACAGAGACAAAACCACAGACGAGACUUGACAAAAGUCUCACCAACAGUAAAGACAACUCUACCGCAUUAAAGAUUCACAGUAACACCUAUACAGGGGAAAAGUCUUUAAAGUGUGACACUUGUGGGAAAUUUUUUAAGCGCAAAUACAAUUUGCACACACAUCAGAGAGUCCACACAGGUGAGAAACCUUACGUUUGUAAGAUCUGUGAGAAAAGAUUCAGUUCAGCAUCAGCAUUGAACGCUCAUUUAACAAUCCACGCAGGUGAGAGGCCAUAUUUUUGCAGCACCUGUGGGAAAAGAUUCUUGAAUAGGUCAUGUUUGAGAAUUCACAGUAGAAUCCACACAGGCGAGAAGCCGUAUUCUUGCGAAACAUGCGGUAGAGUUUUCGGAUUAAGUUCAUCUCUGUUGGUCCACAUGAGAACCCACACAGGUGAGAAGCCGUACCUUUGCAACACCUGCGGGACAAAAUUCAGUCACAAGUCAGUAUUGAAUAGGCAUAUGAGAAUCCACACAGGUGAGAAGCCGUAUGAUUGCAAAAUAUGUGGGAAAGGUUUCAGAGUUAAUAGUGACCUGACAGUCCACAUUAGAAGAUACCACACAGGUGAGAAGCCGUAUAACUGCAACAUCUGUGGGAGAAGUUUCUACCGAAUGUUAGAAUUGAAAAGACACAUGAGAAUUCACAUAGUUGAGGAGCCAUAUUCUUGCAAAACAUGACAGAGAGAUGAAGACUUUUUAGUGACUUCUCAAUCUACAUGAGAGUGUAGGAGUAGUAGUGGUAUAAUUGCAGCACCAGUGGGAAAAGUAAUUAAGAACAAUCCAUUAACUGGACAAUAACGCUGAAACUGCUGUGGGCCAUUGUUCAAUAACUGAAAUGAAUACAUUUUUGCAACAGCUACAUCUUUGUAAUUGAAUGUAAAUUAUUCACCAUGUAUACAAGGUACCAAUAUCUUUGCGUCAUGAAGUUGUUUAUUGUCAGCGAUGCAUGUCAUUUUUCUGAUUUGGUGCUUUAUAGAUGACACAAACACAAGUUGUAGAUGAUGUGCUGCAUGCUGCUGUCAAAGAAUUUUGUUAAUAAACUUUUUUCUUUUUUAAUAA